AUGGGCCCCUGUACCGCCUCCUCAUGCUGCUGCCAGGCCCGUAAUCUGCCAUGGGCCCCUGUACCGCCUCCUCAUGCUGCUGCCAGGUCCAGAGUCUGUCAUGGGUCCCUGUACGGCCUCCCAUUGCUGCUGUCUCCAUCGCCACACUCUGCCAUGUGCCACUUUCAGGUCUCCUCACACUGCUGGUGGGUUCCAUUUUGUCAUAGGGUGCUGGCAGAUUACGGGCCUCCCAUUGCUGCUGCCAGGCCCGUAAUCUGCCAUGGGCCCCCGUACCGACUCCUCCUCAUGCUGCUGCCAGGCCCGUAAUCUGUCAUGGGCCCCUGUACGGCCUCCCAUGCUGCUGCCAGGUCCAGAGUGUGUCAUGGGUCCUGUACGGCCUCCCAUUGCUGCUGUCUCCAUCGCCACACUCUGCCAUGUGCCACUUUCAGGUCUCCUCACACUGCUGGUGGGUUCCAUUUUGCUGUCAUAGGGUGCUG